AUGAAGUUUACCCCACUACUGGCGUUCCUCGCUAUCGCCGCUCCCUGCGCCCUCGCUAUCUUUGACAUCGAAAUCUUCGCCGAUGUGCCCACUCUCUCAAUAUUCGGCGUGAAUGGCGAUCGAGCAUCACUCAGAUUCCGCAGCACAGAAAGCCGGGAGUUUCUCCUCGUCGCCACUAGUCGAGAGAUGGAGGGCACCACGAAUGCCCUUCCAGCGUUGGAACCGGGCAAUGCGUCAUUCGGGCACGAGUCGGAUGGGAUGAAAGUCAACGCAGUGUACAAGGCAGCUGAUGGUGUGCAAUGCCGUAUCGAGGGCUUCUCUUCCAGAGUCUCACCCGCCGGCGACCGGCCUGGUGCGUUCGUGUGGACGCUUGCGGGCCUGGCAGACAAGGGAGCCAAACCCUGUGAAGAGCAGGAUGGCUUGAGGCUGGUCUGUCUGGAAGUGAUGAAGGAUGGAAAGCCUGUUGCCGACGUCAAGCAGCUGUUACUGGCAACCCUUGCCAUUUCUGCUCCCGCUGUGCUGGCCACCCUCAACAUCAAGAUCAAAGCCCAAGACCCCACACUCUCGAUAUUUGGCGUCGAUGGUGACCGAGAGUGGCUCGCUUUUCAGAGCAACAAACACAGGGAGUUCCUCCUGAUCGCCACCAGCCAAGACUACAUGACAUACCUACCCGGAUUGAAGCCAGGCAAUGCAUCUUUCAGGCACAGAUCGGACAAGAUGCAGGUCGACUGUCACAUUGAGGGCUUCCCAGCGAGCAGCGAUCCGAACGACGCCCGUCCCAUAUCCUGGAAUUGGACACUUGCGAGCCUUGCCGACACGAGCGCCAAACCCUGCGUAACGCUGGACGGUAUGAAGCUUGUCUGUCUGGACGUGAUCGAGGUCGACACCAAGGUAGUCUUGUCUGACCGCAAACAGUUGUGCAUGUGA